AUGGCAGUUUUAAUAACUAUAACGAUAUAGUUAUAUGUUUUUGUAUUUAUAAAAGUUUAGGUUUCCCGAAGUAUCAAAGUAUUUAAUCAUGUAUUUAAAUUUAAUAGAAAAACGGCCAUCAAAUAUCGACGUAAAUAAAAAAAUCCCCGGUACCAAUAUAGAAACAAGUCGUCACUUUGUUCCUAUUUACAUUCUAUUGUAAAAAUACAAACGAAAUUUCCAUUUAGAUCUAAAUCACGCUAUGAUACCGUUUCCUUAUCAUGAGAUGUUCAUAAUACGGUUUUUUUUUAAGAAACGGAAAUUAGUUACAAUAAUUAUAUAAUUUGAAAGCUAAUAGAAAAGCCGAGUACUCAGCGAAUAAACUCAAUAUUAACUAAUAAACUUCCGUGCAUUUGGCCAGCAGGUAUACUAUAAUAAUAAAGUAAAAAAGAUUGCAGAUGGUAUUUGUUAAUGUAAUAUUUACUAGAAGUUUAAAGAGAAAAUAGUUUUUUACACAGGAGAUCCACGAAGGAGAAACGACACUAUACACAAAGACUUUUUGAAGCAUGUUCUGAGCUAGACGGACGGAAAUAUUAAUUGAAUGGCAAGUAGUUGAUUAAUUACUAAUUACCAUUUAGAACGUUUUUAAGCAGUAUAAAUUGAAAUGACAUUAAAUAAAACGCUUUAGUUGAAGUAGAAUCUUAUGUACAAUGCACACAGCCUCAGUCGCUAUAAUGGACUCAAAAAGAAAAAAACUAAGCACUUUCUCUGUAAAAGAUAUUCUUGGGUUAGAUGAAGCUGACACUCGCAAAGAAACUAAAAAUAAUGAUGAGGAAGACAUAAAUGAGCAAGGUAAAAAAACGAGACAGUGUUUUUCUACAACGCAAGUUGAACAACUCGAAAAGCUUUUUAAUGAAAUCAAUUAUCCAGAUGCAUAUACAAGACAAAUGUUAGCAAAAAAAAUGAAAGUCUCCGAAACUAGAAUACAAAUUUGGUGUCAAAAUCGCAGAGCGAAAAUCCGCCGUCAAAGAAAGUUGCAUCAACCACUAAUUCCUCAAAGUACAGAUAUACAUAAUAUAAAUAAAUUUCAAAAUUUUCCUUGGCACCAUUAUUUGCAUCAAACAUAUAUUCCCUUUCAUCACAACACAGAGCUAGCUUGUAAAAGCUGCUCUUCCGACCUUCCUCUUUACGAAAGAAGACCAGAGUUACUUUUUAGAAACUUUGGUACGAACUUUACCGAUCAUAAAAAAUACUUUCAUUGAAAAUAAAUUUUAUUUUUUUUAUUUUCAACAAAAAAAAACACAUAAAUAAACAGAGAUAUACUGAGAAAAGAAGAAUUAGGCAUUUUUGGCUUUUAGAUUGUAUCAUAUUUAUAAUAUUAUAUUUAUAGAAAUGUAUUA